AUGGAGAAAUCAUCUUAUGUCUCUCGUGUUAAUCAACUUGAUGCAUACUUACUAGAUAAAGAAAUAUUGAAAAUAAUCCAUGAUCAGUUGAAUACUGCUUAUAAGGAAUUGUCACCUGGAUUGUUAAGUAGGUUCCAGCCAGAAAUUGAUGCAUUGCUCAAAUCCUUAAUCUGGCUAAACUCAAUUUAUUUCAAUAAGUCAACAUUUGGUCAGCAAAUAUUAGCAAUAACUUACAAAAAUGAUAAUUUAACGAGAAACAGACUGAUUGUGCAUUACAUCCUCACUAUCCUUGCUCCGUACACAAAAGAAGUUAGUCAUUUAAGAUUCACAAAUAAGUUGCAGCUUCAAAAAGUCAUCGAAUGGAUCGAAUUUACUGUGAAACUUUUGUCAAUCCUGAAUUUCUUCAGGUUCCUUAAAAAUGGUCAAUAUCCAACAGUUCUUGAUUAUUUUCUUCGAUGGAAUCAUGUGUCUGAAAGUGGAGCUAGAAUGAGAAAUAUCGGAUAUGCUUACAUGAAUCGUGAACUGAUAUGGACAGGGUUUUUGGAACUGCUGAACGUCACUCUCCCUUUCAUCAAUUAUAACUCACUGAGAAGAAAAGUUGGUCAAAUGAUAACAUCAAAGUCCAAAAGUGAUCAGGAAGCAUCAAAAAUUGAACCAGUAAUAACAGUCAGCACAUUAUGUGCUAUAUGUUCACAGCGACCAAUCAUUCCACAUCAUAUCCAAUGCGUUCAUGUAUUUUGUUAUUACUGUAUAAAAGGAAGUGUUAUGGCUGAUCCGGAAUUUUCAUGUCCAGUCUGUGAUUUUAGUUAUAAAGGUGAAAUUAAGCAUGUAAUUGUUAAUGUCGAAUAGGAACUAAAUCUAUUCAUGGUGGU